AUGCUGGGAAGAAAUGGUGCCCAAUUUCCACUUCAACAAGUGAGAUAUGUCUCAAGGAGGACAAUCGCAUAUCCACCAUAUCCUUUUGAGUUGUUGAACAACAAGAACAGGAAAAUUAGACAUGACUCUAACUUAAAGUUUGCCAUGAGACAAUUCUUGGGUCCAAAGAAUUUCAAAGGUGAAUACAUUUACAACAGAUACUAUGCAUCACCUCAGAACCAUGAGCCAAAGUACGUUACUCCAGAUUUAGAGCGUGGUCAGGCUCUAAGAGAUCCAGUGAGUGGUACUACUUUGAAAUAUACGAACGAUAAGAACGUGAUACCGGCUUCAGGAAGAAGUCCUUUUUCUGCAAGAGGAGAUCGCCUUUUGAAACCAUUCCCACAGAACGACCACUGCCGCACUAACCUUAUUAUAGAUGAGAAUACAAGGUUAGAAAUAUACGAAAAGGUGCAGAUUGAGAAAAUGUCAGCACAAGAGGUGUCCAGAGCUUACGGAUUGAAGGUUCCAAGAAUCGAAGCCAUCGUUAAAUUGGUUGAGUUAGAAAAGAAAUUGGAGUUGCAUAACCGUGUGAAACCACAACAAAAGAUUAUGGCUGACACUAUGUUCAAGAUGUUCCCUGUGUUCAAGCCGGCUAACAAUGAGAAUUUAUCAGAAAUUCCUAUCCCAUCUAAGGCCCUUUCAUCGAGGUUUUUGACUAUUGCUGAAUCGCAACCAUUCGGUCCAAUUGACGCGGCUAAAGUUCUUGAAUUAGAGCCAGCUGCUGUUACUCUAGAGAAGUUGUCCACUGAAGGAGAACAUGCUAUUGGCCAUGAUAAAUUUGUCACUCACAAAAACAAAAAGAAGGUGGUUUACGGAGAACUCUUAGAUGGCGAAAGAUCUAAGCUAAAAUUCGUGCAAAAACCAGUAGGAAAAGUCGGUUUCCGUUACGGUAGUGGUAACCGUGAUAACAGAAAAGAUCGUAAGAUUAGAUACAAUGAACUAGGGAAAAUGGUCUAUCUAUGA